AUUCGCUUCCGGGUGAGAGGUUGCCUGUCUCCAGAGCAACCGGAUCGCCCGAGGAGCCGGCCUAGCGCCUUCCUCCCGGAGGCAGAGCUGGCGGGCCAGGGGGAGUCGCACAGUCGUGAAAGUGUCCACUACCCCUCUUUAUCACCAGCUUCAGAGGUGUAUAAGAUAAGCUUCAUAUUUCCAAAUGGAGACACCUAUGAUGGUGACUGUACAAGAACGUCUUCCGGCAGCUAUGAGAGAAAUGGAGUAGGCAUUCACGCCACUCCUAAUGGGAUUGUCUACACAGGAAACUGGAAAGAUGACAAGAUGAAUGGUUUUGGAAAACUUGAGCAUUUUUCAGGAGCAGUAUAUGAAGGACAAUUUAAGGACAAUAUGUUUCAUGGAUUGGGGACUUACACUUUCCCCACUGGAGCAAAAUACACUGGAAAUUUCAAUGAAAAUAGGAUGGAAGGUGCGGGGGAGUACACUGAUACCCGAGGACUGCAGUGGAGUGGCAACUUUCACUUCACAGCCGCUCCAGGCCUGAGACUGAAGCUCUGCAUGUAGAUGUUCUCAACUAGAGUUUAAAUGGCGUAAUUGAAGUUUUUAGUUUGAAGUAGAGCAGCGAUUCUGUCAUCUGAACCGACUGCAUACACUUAACCUCUGUAAGUUUUCCAAUAAAACCAUCA